GCACCGGAGCCACUUUACGCUUGGACUCAGGCCCCGGAAGUGGCGAGGGUGGGGUCGGCGCUGCCCCGUGAAACUGGCUACGCCGGGAAGAUGCUGCUGGACCUGUCGGAGGAGCACAAGGAGCAUCUGGCCUUCCUGCCGAAAGUGGACAGCGCGGUGGUCGCAGAGUUUGGGCGAAUCGCGGUGGAGUUCCUGCGGCGUGGCUCGAACCCCAAGAUCUACGAAGGCGCUGCCCGAAAACUCAGCGUGAGUAGUGACACUGUCCAACAUGGUGUGGAAGGAUUAAUAUACCUCCUCACUGAAAGUUCGAAGCUCAUGAUUUCUGAACUGGAUUUCCAAGACUCUGUUUUUGUUCUGGGAUUUCCUGAAGAAUUGAACAAAUUGUUGCUUCAGCUUUAUCUGGACAACAGAAAGGAGAUCAGAACUAUCCUGAGUGAAUUGGCACCAGACCUUCCCAGUUACCACAGCCUUGAAUGGCGACUGGAUGUACAGCUUGCAAGCAGAAGCCUCAGGCAACAGAUUAAGCCAUCAGUGACUGUAAAGCUCCACCUUAAUCAGAAUGGAGACCUCAACACCCACGUCCUGCAGACAGACCCCGCCACCCUGCUGCACUUGGCUCAGCAGCUGGAACAGGCCUUGGAGGAGGUGAAAACAAACCACUGCAGGAGAGUCGUGCGCAACAUCAAGUAGUCCCAGUUUGUUUUCUUGCGGCCGAAUCACUUGUGAAUUGGUGACACGCAUGCGUAGCAUCAAGUAGUCCCAGUUUGUUUUCUUCCUGCCGAAUCACUUGUGAAUUGGUGAUACGCAGCAGUUAUUUUUCAAAAUCAAUUUUUUAAGUUGAGAGUGAUAAAUAGAGAUUUCAUAAAAUUUCUUUCCCUAUGUCAAGAUACUGAGGUCAUGGUCAAAGGCUAAGUGAAAUUUCUUUCUCGGUGCUAAAUAUGAUCAGCUUCUUGAGUUAAGAUGUAGUUUGUGUUGUAAAUGUGUAAAUAGGAUUGAAUCAACUGAAAGUGAAUCUAUAUGGUUCAGAUCCUCUGUGUAUAUAAAUGACUGUAUUUUUUUUAUGCUUUUUCUGACUAGUUUAUUGUUUUCCUCCUUAUUGAUCUAAAUUUAAAAAUAAAGCUUACGGUGUAAUUCUAUUACUAUUCUUAGUAUUUCUAGACAAUUUAAUGUUUUUGACUUUAAAGCACACCAUGAUGUUAAUAGCCACAGAAUAGUGGGAAGUGAAUAUGAAUUUUUUAGAUGCAACAUUUUUUAGGCAGUUCAUGUGUUUUAUUUGGCUGUGAAUAUACUAAGUACUUACCUUGUUGCUUAAGUUUAAGUUGCCAUGCUAAUAAGCUUAAAUAGUACUUAGAUUUGUGUGAAUAUAUUGUAGUUUAUCAAGGAUUCAAUUUUUUCCCUAUUACCAAAGCAUCUGAGAGACAGACUGCCAUUCAACAUUUAUAAACAACGGAUGCAGGCAUAUUGUAAUCAGUUCUUAAUUAUCUAGAUAUAAAUUACAGUCAAAAUUCUGUUUGAAUAAAGUAUAAAGAGGGCAAAGGAAGGCCAUGUUUACUACAUUCCCGGCAAAUUUCCCUUCUCCCUUAAGUGAAAACUUGAUUUUUGUUUUGUGUUGUUUUUAAGUGGGUGACUAUAAGCUAUCAGCCUGAACAAUUCAGAUGCCGACAUGCCAGGUCAGUCUCAGGGACACAGUACGGGGAUACAGGAAGACUGACGGAGUCACAGCCUAAGGAGGAAGUUGCGUGGAAGGGUGGAAAAUGGGGUUCAGUCUUAAAUAUGUAUCCAAAACCUUACUCUGAAAAUCUCAUCCCGUGGAACGCUUUUAGAAACGUCAGACUCUAAGCAGUCGUCUAGGCUCUGUUGUUAUUUCGCCCCCUAAGAGUUAGAGAUUUCCAAGUCAAAGUGGCAUCAUGCUGCUGCUUUCUCUUAAGAGAGAGCCUAGCAGGAAACAGAGGCCAGUGGAAGAAAAGCACAAUUGAAAUUGCCAUCCAUCAUCCCCUUGCAGGCAUCUUUUUUCCAUACAAGUGUGGAGAAAACUUGUUAUGCACUUGCAAAAUAACUAUAAGCAAACUAUACUCAGAUAAUUUUUAAUUAUAGUGAUAACUUGAUUAAUGAAGCUUUCAUGUUAGCAACCGCACGAAUAAGAGGAAACUUUACAUAUUACAUGAAAUUGUAGCAUAUGUCAUCAGGUUAAAAGCAACAUGCCUGCCAAGCUUAUACAAUAAAAAUAGCUCUGUGAGCCUUCUUAUUUGUCCACAUUGGGUGGAGAUAAGCAGGGCUGACUCCAGCCAAAAUUGAAAUAGUAUCCUUGUGUCUCCUUAGGGCAACUUUUUUCUUCCUCUAUAUCCACUAUUCUUAUCCCAAGCAAAACAACAAAGCAUGUGUUAGCCUCUUUUUUUUUAUUUGUCUCCAGAGAAGAGGACGACAGAGGAUGAGCUAGUUGGAUGGCAGUAGUGAUGCAGUGGACGUGAGCUUGGGCAGACUCCAGGAGACGGUGGGGGACAGGGAGGCCUGACGUGCUGCAGUCCGAGGGGUCGUGAAGAGUCAGACGAGACUCGGUGGCUGAAGAAAAGCCCCCGUCCCCAGGCUCUGCGCUGUGUUCUCUCUGAUGUUCUUCUUUGCUUCUUUAGGCCAGAAUGAGUUGGGAGCAGUCUUUCUUUUGAAUCUGGGACUCACUUUUUUUCCCACAGAGCGUCUAAUGAGUCUCUUCCUUUUCUUGUUCGAACAUUCCACACCCUGACCCGCUCCUCUGCCUUCUUUGUUUUACGGCACAUUUAUUUUUUUGUAGUUUGUAGAUGAACAUAUUUUGUAUAUGUUUGUAGAUGAACAUAUUUUCUGCAGAUGCAGCCACUAUUCUACUCUCCUAUAUGACCAGGUUUCUUGACUCUGGGAUAUGCCUUUCCAUCUGUAACUAUCUAAAUGUUUAUUAAAACAUUUUGGAUUAUGA